GCUCCGGGGAGCCCAGGCUGGCUCCAUGUAUCCCGAAUCCACCACUGACUCCCCAGCGCGACUCUCGCUGCGGCAGACAGGCUCCCCAGGGAUGAUUUACAGCUCUCUCCGUAGCACCACAGAGUGUUUGGCGGCACGGCUGGCCGGCAGACCCCCCGCUCGGGUGGCAGGAUGCUCUCCAUGACCUACAGUGAGAGCCUGCGCAGCGUGGCUAUCCGGCCCAGCCCCGAGUGGGGGCUGCCCCCAGCCCCCCGGGCGGCCGACGGGCUGGAGCUGCGGCGGCUGCGGGACGUGCGGGCGGCGGCGCGGGUGAAGACGCUGGAGGAGUUCCUGCGGAUGCACGGGCUCUCCCUGGCCGACAGUACCGCCCGCGCCACCGGCAUGAAGUACAGGAACCUCGGGAAGUCUGGGCUGCGUGUGUCCUGCCUGGGUCUGGGAACAUGGGUGACUUUCGGAGGGCAGAUCACAGACGAGAUGGCGGAGCAGCUGAUGACUUUAGCUUAUGACAACGGCAUUAAUCUCUUCGACACAGCAGAAGUCUACGCUGCCGGCAAGGCCGAGGUGGUGCUGGGGAACAUCAUCAAGAAGAAAGGGUGGAGACGAUCCAGCCUGGUCAUCACCACCAAAAUCUUCUGGGGAGGAAAGGCUGAGACAGAGAGGGGCCUGUCCCGAAAACACAUCAUAGAAGGUCUGAAGGCAUCGCUGGAGCGGCUGCAGCUGGAGUACGUGGACGUGGUGUUCGCCAACCGCCCCGACCCCAACACGCCGAUGGAAGAGACGGUGCGAGCCAUGACCCAUGUCAUCAACCAGGGGAUGGCCAUGUACUGGGGGACCUCGCGCUGGAGCUCCAUGGAGAUCAUGGAGGCGUACUCGGUGGCCCGGCAGUUCAACCUGAUUCCGCCGAUCUGCGAGCAGGCCGAGUACCACAUGUUCCAGCGGGAAAAGGUGGAGGUGCAGCUCCCUGAGCUCUUCCACAAGAUAGGUGUUGGAGCCAUGACCUGGUCCCCACUGGCCUGUGGCAUUGUCUCGGGGAAGUACGAUGGGGGCAUCCCCCCCUACUCCCGUGCCUCGCUGAAGGGAUACCAGUGGCUGAAGGACAAGAUCCUGAGUGAAGAGGGCCGGCGGCAGCAGGCAAAGCUGAAGGAGCUGCAGGCCAUUGCUGAGCGCCUGGGCUGCACCCUGCCCCAGCUCGCCAUUGCCUGGUGCCUGCGCAACGAGGGUGUGAGCUCCGUCUUACUGGGGGCCUCCAAUGCCGACCAGCUGAUGGAGAAUAUUGGAGCAAUACAGGUCCUUCCAAAGCUGUCGUCUUCCAUCGUCCACGAGAUCGAUAGCAUCCUGGGCAACAAACCAUACAGCAAGAAGGACUACAGAUCCUAAGCGCGCCCGAGCGCGCCGCCCGCCGCGCAGCCCUCGCCGCCCGUUCGCUUGCUUACGCUUUGUUGGAGCAAAGUGGAGAGUGUGGCUCGCACCGCGAGCGCCGAGAGCCAGCGCUCCCGCCCGCGCUGCCCCGGACAUGGCACCGCAGCCGCCCGGCCCGGCUCCGCGGCGCAGGGACGGCCGGGGGAGGCGAGCCCGGGCUGCCCGGCCGCGCUGCCCGCAGCCGGAGCCGCCGCGGGGACCCGUUGCAUGCGUGGCUCCUGCCUCCGCGUUGGCGGAGGCGGCGGGCGCGGGGUGGACGCGGGUGCUGUACGCCCACGAGGCCGACAACACG